GCUACAUAUAACACAGACUGGAUGGGGAAAUACAAGGGCAAAGCAACUACUGUCCUCAAGCCUAAGACAACCGAAGAAAUCAGCGCUAUUUUGAAAUGGUGCUGGGAUAAACGCAUUGGCGUUGUCCCUCAAGGUGGCAACACUGGGCUGGUUGGUGGUAGCGUACCAGUUGGCGAUGAGAUCAUAAUUAACCUGGGCAACAUGUCCAAAGUACGAUCAUUCGACCCAGUGACUGGGAUUCUAGUGGCAGAUGCUGGCUGUAUAUUAGAGGCUUUGUCCGAACACAUUGCUCCUCAUAAUCACGUAAUGCCUCUUGACUUGGGAGCUAAAGGCAGCUGUAUGAUUGGUGGGAAUGUAGCAACCAAUGCCGGUGGCUUGCGGGUCCUACGAUAUGGUUCCCUACAUGGCAGUGUGCUUGGGCUUGAAGUGGUUCUUCCGGAUGGUACCAUUCUCAAUCAACUUUCGGAGCUCCGGAAGGACAACACGGGUUAUGACUUGAAGCAGCUCUUCAUCGGUGCUGAAGGAACCCUCGGUAUAAUAACCGGCGUUUCCAUCCUGACGGCGGCGGCUCCUCGCUCGUCUAAUAAUCUGUUCUUGGCUCUUCCGUCUUUUCAGAAUGUCCUUCCUUUAUACACGAAGGUCAAGCAGCACCUAUCCGAGAUACUGUCAGCCUUCGAAUUCAUCGAUCGCAAGUCCUAUGACCUCGCGGUGAGGCACGGUCAAGGCAAGGCAUUGGCUGACGAGGAGAUCGAGGGUGCGGAAUGCUUUGUGCUCGUGGAGACAAGCGGUGGAAAGCGAGAACAUGACGAAGAGAAACUUAAUGAACUACUAGAGGUCCUCCUUGGAUCUGAGGAACCAUUAAUUAACACGGGAGUACUGUCACAAUCUCCCUCACAAUUCGCGUCAAUAUGGGGGUUGCGGGAAGGCAUAACGGAAGCUAUAUCCAAGGAGGGAAAGGCGUACAAAUACGAUAUCUCGAUUCCCUUGGGUGCUUUCCAGGAAGUCGUAGAUAAGACUCGAGACCAGCUGCAGAAGAAGGGCUUAAUACGUAAGGGAGCAGUGCGAGACGUUGUUGGCUUUGGCCACGUAGGUGACGGAAAUCUGCACUUAAACAUCGUCGCGGACCAAUAUUUACCGGAAAUUCGAGAUGCAUUGGAGCCAUUCGUGUACGAACUUGUUGCAAGCUACCGAGGCUCCGUCUCCGCUGAGCAUGGGAUCGGGUUGAUGAAGACGCAUGCUUUGCGGUAUUCGAAGGAUGAGGUUAGCAGGGAAUGGAUGAGGAAAAUAAAAAAUCUCUUUGACGAAAGGGGCAUAAUGAACCCAGGUAAAGUACUCGACUAGCGCUAGAACCGGGACUUGUAGCACUUGUAAACGUAUCUCAACGUACGUUCUUGCAUAUGAAAUAGC